AUGGCCAAUGUUGCAGUUGAAUUCUAUCAAAAUCAGUUCACUAAUGAAGCGAAUCCUAUAGAUUUUUCCAUGCUGGAGAAUGUACCUACUAUGGUUACUGGGGAACAAUACUUGGAGUUGUGUAGAUUUCCAACACUAGAGGAAGUUAAUGAUGCAGUUUUUAUGCUAAAUGGAGAUAGUGCCAGUGGUCCUUAUGGGAUGAGCAUAUUUGAAAAUAUACUACUCACUCAGGAAAUAGUCACUGACAUAAGAUUGAGAGACAAACCUGCCAAUGUUGUCAUUAAGCUGGAUAUGGAAAAUACAUAUGACAGGAUUUCAUGGAAAUAUAUGUUACAUUUACUAAGAAGAAUGGGAUUUGCAGAAGCCUUCAUUAAUAUGUUGAAUCAGCUCUUUGAAGACAAGUCAUUCAUUGGAUUUGGUAUGUCCAAGUGGUCGUGUCAUUUGAACCACUUGGCAUAUGCUGAUGACACAAUAAUAUUUGCCUCAGCUCAUCCUCCUUCACUGAGUAAGAUCAUUGGAAUACUGGGCAGAUAUGAACAGAUAUCAGGACAACUGAUCAACAAAGCUAAGAUCUCGUAUUACAUGCAUACCAAUAUUACACAUGAUUUGUGCCGUUCAGUAGGUAACAUUACAUAUUUUGCUAGAGGAGAGUUCCCAUUCACAUAUUUAGGGUGUCCAAUCUUCUACACUAUAAGGAGAAAGGAUUACUAUGAUGAUCUUGUAAAGAAAGUAAAGGCUAAAUUGCAUUCUUGGAAAGGAAAACUUCUCUCUUUUGGUGGAAAGGCAACACUAAUUACCAGUGUUUUGCAAAGUAUGCCAGUGCACCUACUAUCAGCGUUGGAUCCACCUAAAAACAUUCUUGUCCACUUGCAUAAAAUCUUUGCACGUUUCUUUUGGAGCAACAAACAGGAAGAUAGGAGCAGACAUUGGGCUUCCUGGAAGAAUCUAUGCCUUCCCAAAUAUGAAUGUGGUUUAGGGUUUAGGUCUCUCCAUGAUGUAUCAAAAGCUUUGUUUGCUAAACUAUGGUGGAGGUUCAGAACUACUAAAUCUUUGUGGACUAACUUCAUGUGUAAUAAGUACUGCAAAAAGGAAAUACCAGCAGUGGUGCAAUUUAGAAGAGGCUCUCAUAUUUGGAGACAAAUGCUGACUGCUAGGGAAUAA